AUGCCAGAACAUCUUGAUCACUCUGAGAAUGCCAAGACAAAGACAAGUUUACUCCUACAAAUCGCCGCUUUAGAAUCGGAAAUAGCGCAGACGCAGGCCGUUCUUCUUAAACAACAAGAGGAGCGCCGACGAUUGCACUCACAAUUAAACUCUCUAUCCCCAAUCAAUCAACUUCCAGCAGAGAUAAAGACGGAGAUAUUCCACAGAACCGUGUGCCUGCUAGCUAGCAGCAAGGAAACUGACGACGGGGAAACUCCUUUUUUUCUAGGCAAAAUUUGCCGGAGUUUCAGAUAUUUCGUUUGGUCGACCCCAAUUCUUUGGACUACUAUACGUCUCUGCCUACCAAAAGCUUCCUACGAGGCUCAAACCGAUCUUCUUCGAGACUGGCUUUCUAGAACUGCAAAUCAUCCCAUCUCCAUUUCUCUUGACACAGUGAUCUCCCAUCCUCCGGUUGAACUUCUAGCUUUACUUGCAUCCGUCUCGCCGCAAUGGAAAGAAGUACGAUUCUCAAACCCUUACAUUACAAAUCGAUGUUUUGAUGCCAGUCCCGGUAUCGAAAACUCACUACGCCUUCUUACCGCUGCGACUGUUUAUUUAACAUUCGGACGAAAGUUAGAUUUAUCAAUGGCCCCACAACUCUCAGUCCUUCAUCUAAAAGACUUCUGCUUGUCCAAUGUGCUAGCCCCGUGGCAUCAAUUACGGGAGUUGUCUAUAGAGCCCUGUGCCAUGGACGAGAUCCGUCUAAUUCUUUCCAAUGCUCCUCAGAUAAUUUGCUGCACCUUCAAACAAAUUGAUUCAGAGGUGUCGGAGGAUCUGUUGGAUAUAGACUUACUCUAUCAGCCAUUUUCUGUGCUGGAACGUCUGGAAUAUCUCGAGCUUGACUUCGCUUGGCUCGACUUUGAAUGGAGUUGGUUUUUGGAGCAAGUCAAAUUUCCCUCUUUACGUGAGGUCUCCCUCGCCGGUCCAUGUGACUCCACGACUGAAGAGACCUUCCUCCUCCAAGUCGUGAAACCAUUUCGUUUCUCGAAACUCUUGGAAAAAUUUACUUUGCAUAACACAAAUAAGCCCUCAAAUAACCGCUUUUUGACUCAAGUUCUCGAAAAUAUCCCAUCGGUCAAAGUCUUAUCCCUGGACUUCCGCAAAGGGUCUUCAGGCGACCAAUUUUUCAGCGAAGAACUCCUCCAGCGGCUCUACUCUCCCCAUGCAGAUAUUCUCCUUCCGAACCUGCAACACUUCUCGUACCGCGGACCCACUUCACUCACUGAACACAUGCAUCUCUUCCGAGAUGUUCUUGUGUACAGAUUCCGACAGUGCAAUUUGCGUUUCGUCGGAGUGGACUCUGAACAAGGGGCUGUAUCUCGCAUCCGAUCGGUGAAUGUGAUGAGUUUCUCUCACUUCGCUAUCAAUCCGGAGAUACAAGAGGAACUGGACAGCCUUAGACGCGACGGCCUUGACCUUUCCAUAACCCAUCAUACCUAA